UCCUCACCGAAGCAUGCGGCGUAUCUCACGUACGGACCAUCUCUAUAGCGGGGUAUCUUCUUCUCGGGCUUAUAAAUCUGACAAAUUUCUAUUUAUCCAGUACGCGAGUGAGGGGAGCCACAAAAACAAAAGGGGGACGUAAACACCCCGCAAAGAAGAUAUAAAGUGUACGAUGCCCCGCCAAAUAAUACUUGAAAGGCAAAGGACACCUUAAAUCUUUGCCUUGUAGUUUGUUUUCGGAGCUUUAGUAGCGUUCCUCAUUCCAUAAUGGCAUCUCAAGUAACUCACGGCACAGUCACCACCGAAGACUGCACCCUCAAAUACUGGUCCCAAGGCUCCGGCCCCCUCAUAACCUUCAUCCCCGGCGGCAACGGCCACGGCCGACAAUUCGACCCAAUAAUGACCCUCCUCUCCCCAAACUACACCUGCGUGACCUUCGACCGCCGUCAAAUGUCCUCCAGCCAAGUCCCCAUCAACAAAAUCUUCAACCCCUACCAACAAGCGCGCGACGUCCUCGCCGUAAUCAAAGCCAUGGGAUUCGAGAAAUCUAUUGUGUUUGGAAGUAGUUCAGGUGGUGUGAUCGGGUUCCAGCUCGCAGCUGAUUAUCCUGAGGUUGUGGAUCAUUUGAUCUGUCAUGAGGCACCGACUGUGCAUUUGUUGCCGGAUAAGAAAGAGUUGACGGAGGAGCUUUUCGAGACGUAUAAUAUCUUCAAAAUCCAAGGACAGGAUGCGGUGAAUGCACACUGGGGGAAACACUUCACUGUUAUGGCUGAUCCGUCACUGCCGCAGUUCCCGCCGCCGGAGCCUACAAACCCAGUGAAUUUCUUUGAGAAUGAAUUCUUGGUUUGUACGUUUUGGACUACAGAUUUUGAGAAGAUCAAGAAGGAUGGGACGAGUGUGGGUCUUAUGACGGGAAGCAGGAGUGGUGAUCAGUUCUUCGCGAGGACAACAUACGAGCAGGAGAGGGUUUUGGGGUGCUUGAGAUGGACAGUGCCGGGACAUCAUCAGGGGUUUCAGGCAGAGAGUGAGAUCUUUGCACCGAAAUUGGUAGGGAUGUUAGAGGAGCUGGAGAAUAAGAGGAAGGAGAGACAGGCUAGUUGAUAUUGGAGAAUUAAUUGGCGGCUAGAUGAUUCGUAAUGUGCAGUAGAC